UUUCCAAAGUCAACUAUCAUGUUCAUGAUCUGCAUGAUGUCCGCUUUAUAAUUCAGAAAGUUUCACCUUGCGAAAGGAUAACAUCUUCUAGACCCCUACCAUCUCUUCAGGAAACAGAAGACAGACAAGUAUUCCAAAUACUCCUUGAGGAAUCUUGAAGGAAGUAUACCAGACAGAAACACCAUGACACUACAGUGGACAUUUGUGGCAGCCUUCCUAUAUCUGGAGGUUUUUGCCCUUAUCCUGCUAAUGCUCCCAUUCAUCAAGCCAUACAUGUGGCAGAGAUUCUUUAAUUCUGGAAUAGUGAAGUCUAUCACAGCCUAUGCAUACAUCUAUUUCAAUGUCUUUCUCUUCAUCCUUGUCUUGCUAUUCCUUGAUUCAGUGAGAGAAGUAAGCAAGUAUACAGAUGCCAAAGAUGAACUUGAUGUGGCUAUACCUAAUGCAGAGGCCAUCCUCAAUAUGAAGCUGUUCAGAGCACAGAGGAACUUUUAUGUGGCUGGAUUUGCCUUCUUCCUCUUCAUUGUAUUGAAGCGUAUGUGCAACCUAAUCUCUAAGGAAGCUACUUUGAUAGCUUCUAACGAGGCAUCAGUCAAGCAAGCACAGGGGGCAUCAGAUCAGGCCAAAAGACUCAUGGAUGAGAUGGAUGAACUACAAAAGGAGCUGGAGACCAAGACUAAACGUCGUUCACGCUCAGGCUCUAUGGCUGACAUCGUCGUCGCUGCAGUUGCAGACAGUGAAGUUGCCAAAGACUUAAAGACUACCAGGGACGAUUUAGCAAGCUCAAAAGCAGAAUUGGAGAAGUCGAAGAAAGAGAUGGAUGCAGUGAAGAAGCAGGCUGAAGGAGUCUCUGCCGAGUAUGACAGAUUAUUGGAAGAACAUUCUAAACUACAGAAGCAAGUGGCAUCCUCGGAGACGAAGAAAGACUCAUAGAUCAACUGACUUGAGUCGCAGAGCUAGAUUGACAAGAAUGUUGAUGUGGAAGAUAAGGAGUAGAAUUGGGGGUCAUCAAGUGCCUGUCUGAUGAGCCAGUAUAGCUUGCUACAGAAAGUGUUACAGAAAUGUACCUUGCUUAAACUAAAUCAAUGGGCUGACAUUAGUUUCUCGUAUUCUGUCACCCUACCCCCGGGGGGGAUACUCAGAUUUGGUUUGGACAGGGGUGUGCCGCUCAAGCCUCGAAACCCCUACCCAUUAUUAGGGCUCAUUUUUUUCACAAUUUUCUGGUGUUUUUCUGAUGUUUGCCUGGCAAACACCUAAAAAUUCUGCAAAUUUUUGAAAUUUUGAAAAAACAGACCCUUUUUUAAUGGUAUUUUUGUUACAAGUGGGACCCAUGUUUAGGAAUUUUUUUGUGAAAAAGUUACCCAUUAGAGCGGCACACCCCGUUUGUCCUAAUAUGUGAGUACCCCCCUCCCCGGGACCCUACCCUGAUAACAUAUUAAUAUUAUCUGUAUUAGUAGGCUUUAAUUUGUUACUGAAUAUAUUUUACAAAACCUUUAUAGCGAUUACAGAAUUCAUUUUUUCUGUCAUUAUCAGAUGAGAGUUCUUCUCACUGAUUACAUUACUUUACAAAUGGCAAACAUUAUCCCUUUCAUAAAAGAAAAAAUGUAUUUGGUUCAUUUUACAAAAAUUAUACUUUCUUAUGAAUUUAUAACACACUGGCCAUUGAACACUAAUGGGUAUUUGUAACACUAUUCUAGGGUAUGUAAUGGGUUUAUUUGUUGAACGAUACCUUUAAUAAACUUUUAAUUUGGUUAAGGAGUUUUCUCCUUCAUGUAGAAUUACCAUUUAUCUUAUGUUUGUAUACCGGUAAUGCAAUCAAGUAAUGAUAGAAGAAUAGAUUAAGUACCAUAUUGUAGUAUGUUGUAUAGAUUGGUGGUAAUCUUUUUCCGUUUGUAGCUGGUUACUAGUCUUCAUCUUGAAAAAUGUAUAAUUGAAUGACCAGGCACCACAAACUAAAAAGGAAAAAAGGUUGGUGGUGUGAUUUCAAGUUCGGGCUCAUUAGAGGUGGAUUAGGUAAAGGUUGCUCAGAUUUUGGUUUUUAGUAUUUCCUGAAAUAGUAUACUGUACUUAGUUUUAUGUAAUUCCAAAAUUC